CUCUUCACCUUCUUCCCUUCACGAGCUGCUGCUUCCUGGUUGCUUUUUUAAAAAAACAAAAAAAAACCCACACUCGUCUCUUGUUUGAUGUUCCAACUUCAGGCAGCUCCUCAGUGACGCGGCGGCCGCCCGUCGUGCCUUGGGCUGGCGGCUGGACGGAAGGCGAGGCCGGCGGUGAGGAGGCACAGCAGGCAGCAGCAGCAGGAGUGGGCCAUGGCCGAGCCGAGCCCGAAAAGGCUCAAGAGCGGCCUGCCCUUGUGCGCCAUCCACCGGCAUGGCAGAGCUCUGGGCAAGCUGGUGAAGCAGAACUUCCCGGCCGUGGUGGAGGAAGGCCUGUGCGGAGUCACCGGCGCCCUGCUGGAGGUCUCCUACGUCUUGCAGAUGCUGGGUGAAAUCUUUGAUCAUGCUGACAUGGCUCUACCAAAUGUUUCUAAAUUCUUCUUGGACCACGCUAAGGAGGAGAGGGAAGAAGCAGAAGCUCUCAUCCAAUACCAACAUGACAGGGGAGGCCUCUACUGUACCAGAGUUAUCCAGAAACCACCCAGUGUGUUAAUAAGCGGUGUGGCGGCAGCUCUGGAAGUAGCCCUAGUGCAAUGGAAGAUGAUGGCGGGCCAUUUUGAAGAGCUUUAUGCUCUCAGUAUCAAGAACUCAGACCCUCACACUGCAAGCACAAUUAAGAAGCAAUUUCUAGCACCCAAGAUACAGAAGAUCAAGCUGAUGGGAGAUCUAAUUACCAAUGCUCGUAGGCUUAGGAAUGCCCAAGACAGCAGAGGUGACCUUGAGAACUAUCUUAUAGACCGUCUGCAAAAAGAACUAAAGAUUGGGACCCAUUCAGAAACUGACUGCAGUCUCCAUGCACCAUUUCAGAAAUUUACAGGAGCUGCAACUGGGCGACAGCUUCUGCGAGAGGAGUACCCUCAGCCCAAGAAUGGGAUAAGGCCAAAAUACCAAGGCCAGUGUUGCUCCCUCUCUCAGCCUCGGUGGAAGGGCUUGCGGGAAAGAGAUCAAAGGCAGGAACACAAAUGGCAUUAGAUUGGCUGGGAUAUGAAGUAGUGUUAUGAUAUUCAUACAUCUCUAAAUUGUCCCAGAAUAGUUGUCUAUAGGUUCACAUGAUUUGUGAAAACAGUCCCCACAAACAGGGUAACUGUACAGGGUAACAAUGAUUUGGUCAUUGUUGAUUUUUUUGUUCAUUAUACUAUGUUUGAAAAAGCAGUUAUUCCACCAUGGACUGCAGUCCUUUCUAUGAGUGCAGGAACUCCUUACCUUCAUAUAAAAGCUAUAUUAACUCUUACUCACAAUAUUGAGCUCUAGACAAUCAUGUAAAAAGGUAAAGGGACCCCUGACCAUUAGGUCCAGUCGUGACCGACUCUGGGGUUGCGGCGCUCAUCUCGCUUUAUUAGCCGAGGAAGCCUGCGUACAGCUUCCGGGUCAUGUGGCCAGCAUGACUAAGCCGCUUCUGGCAAACCAGAGCAGUGCACGGAAACGCCGUUUACCUUCCCACCGGAGUGGUACCUGUUUAUCUACUUGCACUUUGACGUGCUUCCGAACUGCUAGGUUGGCAGGAAGACAAUCAUGUAUCUCUCUAGUAUAGUCAGGCAUUAGGCUAGCUUGAAUAAGUGCAUAAAUGAUAACCUUGUAUUUUUCUACUAAGUAGUAAGGGUCUUUUAUAAUGCAUUCCUUUAAAAUAACAAGAUAAAUUUGAUUUUAAUAUUUCAGUGGUUGCCUUGAUAGAAUUUUAUUAACCUUACAGAGACUUCUAUUUUAGUGUACAUCCAUUUUUAUGCUUAAAUGGUUUUUUUUUUAUUGCUACAUAGCUUAAUGUAAGCACAAUAAAAUUGUUUACCUUGGUGCGUUGUACUUACAUUUUUAAGGUGGUAUUUUAAUACGAAAUAUUUUACUACAUAUUUGAUAUGCC